UAUGAUCUAAUUCCCCUUCCUCUUGCUUGGUUCCUUUUUUUCAUUCCUCUCUCUCUCUCACUCUUCCCCCUUGCCUUUAUACUACUUAUAUACCCCAAGUCACUGCCGAAGACCCCAUUACCCCAUACUGUCCAUACCACCACCACUACCACCACUAUAUUCAAUUACCGCAAUCUUCUCCUCAUUCCUCGUCGGGUGACCACUUGCGCCGCUAUAGGCUAUUCGCAUUCAUCCAACAUAUUAUACGUCCCACCACUACUACUCACUUCUCCCGGGUGGAUAAAACUGGACUGAAUUACACCCAACCCUAUUUAUCCCACGGUUCGCAAGGACGUCAUACCUAACUUCUCAACUCCCUCACCUCUCAAGAACCUUUCUACUUGCUCCACCAACAUUAUCAUCACCACCAUGCUCUCCGCCGGCGAACGACCCCAACAACCCACAAUGACCAAUGCAGCAGCGGCAGUAGUAGAUUCCACACGCGGUCCCGUCAGCAAAAGCCCAUUGACCAACUCCGUGGCCAACUCCAUGUGGGGAAGCACCAGCAGCAACACCACCACCACAACACCGCCGGCAGACCAAAUCCAACACAUCUGGGUGGUGACGGGGCCAGCAGGAUGUGGGAAAAGCACAGUAGGCAAGGGGAUUCAACAAGAACUUAGCAUUCCUUUCUUAGAGGGUGAUGAUUUCCACACCCCCAACAACAAAGAAAAAAUGUCCAACGGCAUCCCCCUCACCGACGCCGACAGAUGGGACUGGCUCAUCUCCCUCCGCCAAGCCGCCAUCGAGGCGCUCUCCCCCUCCGAAACUAACAACUUCCACCCACCCUCCGGCGUAGUGGUUGCUUGUUCAGCCCUGAAGCAGAAAUACCGGGACGUGAUGCGCGUCGCGGCGUACGGAUCCCCCUCGGUACAGAUCCAUUUCAUCUAUCUCAAGUUGGAUGAGACCAUGUUGUUGCAGAGAGUCAUGAAUCGACAGGCCCAUUAUAUGAAGAGUAGUAUGGUGCAGUCGCAGUUGCAGGAUCUCGAGGAGCCCAAGGGCGAGUGGGAUGCCCUUACGGUGGAUGUGCGGGCUUCGCAGGCGGAGGUCCAGACGGAGGUGUUGGAGUUGGUGAGGGAUACAUUGGCCAGGUAUCGCUGAUUGACCACCUGUGUCCGGGGGGAGAAGUGUGUAUGUUGUGAGUGUCUCUGUGCAUGAUGGAUUUAUUUGACCUUUCUGGGGUUUUUUGUGUAUGGAGUUGGGUAUGAUAUUUGCUUUUUCAUAUGCAUUUUGGGGGUCUGAUCUGUCUUUUCAUUGAUUUCUGAUAUGGGAGUCUAAACUCUGGAUUGAUGCAUUUUACUUCUUGUUCGGGUUUGUUGAUUGAUACCUACCUACCUACCACAUACCUAUGUCUUAUCUACAUACGACUAUAUUUAGAAAUGUCACAAAGAUUACAACUUUCUAGUACAUAGCAAUA